ACAAUGCCACAUUUUUAAAGUUGAAUUCGACCUUAAAAUCUCUGAUGAAAUUAGAAAAGAACGUUUCCUAUUGUAUCACAGUGCUCUAGGCAUUGUCAUCCUUAAACCUAAUCACAUAUUUUCCCAUACGUCCAAAAUAGCUGCCUGAGUUGUAUUAUUCUAUGAUUUCCUAGCAACAGCAUGGAAUACGAGUUCACAACAAAAUAAUUUUCAAAUAACAAACUAUGCAUCAAUUAUUAGUAUCAUCAUCAGCAACAUGCAAAGAACGAAAAAAAAAAAAAAGCACGUGGAAAGCGAGAAGACUAAACAAAAAAUACAGAACAAAAACGAUUAAUGCACGUGACAGUGACACCAAUUUUUGAAUAUACACCGUUCAAACAAAAAACUCAAAACAAAGGGUCACACGCAGUACACGUGGGCAAAGAAAGAGCGCGCCAACCACUGUUUAUUUUUUCCCAUUUUUCUUUCCUUUAUAUAACGGUUACAAUUUUCUCUCACUCGUUCAUUACUCCAAUUUUUUCUCCCUCCCUCUCAUUUUUCUAACCAACCAAACAAAAACAUUUUCUUUUUCCCUUUUCAAUUUUUCAUUUCCCUUAAAACUCCCUCGUUUUCGCUCCUGGGUUUUUCUUUUAUCCAUUUUCCUUCGUUUUUUGUAUCUACAUUUUCGUAGAUAACAUAACUCGUCGGAAAAUGGAAAUUCGCCGGAGACAAUCUUCACCGACGCCGGCUGUUCCUUCCGGCGAACAUCUCAAACCUCAGAAGCUUACCACUACCGAUUCACAAACCUUUUCUAUCUGCGUCGCUAACGCUGUUUUCUUUGGUUUAUUCUUCUCCGUCGCGUAUUUUCUUCUCCACCGUUGGCGUGAGAAGAUCAGAACCUCCACACCUCUUCAUGUCGUCACCGCAUCAGAAACCGCCGCCAUUGUUUCUCUUGUAGCUUCCGCCGUUUAUCUUCUAGGUUUCUUCGGUAUCGGAUCUCGUACUUCCUUCCCUGACGAUCUCUCCGACGAAGAGAUCCUCGCGAAAGAAGAUUCUCGGAAGCCAGGACCGUGUCCGGCGGCACUUGUCGACACCGAAGUGAAACCGGCGUCGGCAAUUGUAGCUCCGCCGGCGAAGAUCUAUGGCGUUGCACCGGUGAAUCUCUCAGAGGAAGACGAGGAAAUGGUGAAAUCGGUUGUUUCCGGUUCAAUUCCGUCGUAUUCAUUAGAAUCUAGACUUGCCGAUUGCCGGAAAGCCGCGGUGAUUCGACGUUCGGCGGUUCAGAUGAUAACAGGGAAAUCGUUGGAAGGUUUACCGUUGGAAGGUUUUGAUUACGAUUCGAUAUUGGGACAGUGUUGUGAGAUGCCGAUAGGGUUUGUUCAGAUUCCGGUUGGUGUUGCGGGUCCAUUGUUGUUAGAUGGAGUUGAGUACACUGUACCAAUGGCUACUACUGAGGGUUGUUUGGUUGCAAGUACCAAUAGAGGGUGUAAAGCUAUUCAUGCUUCUGGUGGAGCUUCUUCUGUUUUGCUUAGAGAUGGAAUGACUAGAGCACCUGUUGUUAGGUUUUCGUCUGCGAAAAGAGCUGCUCAGUUGAAGUUUUUCUUGGAAGAUCCGCUUAAUUUUGAUUCACUUGCUGUCACUUUCAACAAGUCAAGCAGAUUCGCUAGAUUGCAGAGCAUUCAACCUACUAUUGCUGGCAAGAAUUUGUACAUUAGAUUCCGUUGCAGUACGGGUGAUGCCAUGGGGAUGAACAUGGUAUCAAAAGGAGUUCAAAAUGUCCUUGAUUUUCUUCAGAGUGACUUCCCUGAUAUGGAUGUCAUUGGAAUCUCUGGAAAUUUCUGUUCCGACAAGAAAGCUUCGGCUGUGAACUGGAUUGAAGGGCGUGGUAAGUCCGUGGUGUGUGAGGCUGUAAUUAAGGAAGAAGUGGUGAAGAAAGUGUUGAAGACUAAUGUGGAGGCCCUGGUUGAGCUUAACAUGCUUAAGAACCUAACUGGCUCAGCCAUUGCUGGUGCUCUUGGUGGGUUCAAUGCUCAUGCUAGCAAUAUUGUCUCUGCUAUCUACAUAGCCACUGGUCAAGAUCCUGCUCAGAAUGUGGAGAGUUCUCACUGUAUUACCAUGAUGGAAGCUAUAAAUGAUGGAAAAGACCUUCACAUUUCUGUCACCAUGCCUUCCAUUGAGGUUGGUACUGUGGGAGGGGGAACACAACUCGCAUCACAGUCAGCUUGUCUAAAUUUACUUGGUGUUAAGGGUGCCAGCAAAGAUUCACCAGGUGCAAAUUCUAGGCUACUGGCCACAAUUGUUGCCGGUUCAGUCCUUGCCGGCGAGCUAUCACUCAUGUCUGCAAUUGCAGCCGGACAACUAGUUAAGAGUCACAUGAAGUACAACAGAUCUAGCAAGGAUAUCACCAAAGUAGUCUCAUGAGCUGGCCUCGCACAACAUAACAAUAACCUUGUAGAGGGGACUGAUGCCUCUAACAAGGACAAAAAAAGACCAAAAAGAAAGUAUAUAGUUGGUUUUCAAAAGGACUAUAGGUGAUGGCCAAGGGGUGAAUAAUAAAUUAUGAUUGGCAUCUUUUCAAGAGUAUAUCCAGCUAAACAAGAGCAUGUGGUAAGAAUCAAAUAAGAAAAGCUUGAACACCUUAGUCCAUGUGAGGCAUUGUCUUUUACGCGAUUGUACAGAAAGGUUGAAUCAGAAGAUGGAGAAAAACAAGUAGCUAAUUAAUAAACCUUUGGCAUUAGUUUAAUUCUUUUUUCUGUUUCUUUUUAAUUUAUUCUGUAUUGUGUUAUAAGCUAUUGCAUCAAAGAUUUGGUAAUUUUAGUGUGUGUGUGUGUGGAGUAUUUUAAUGUGUUGUUGUAAUCUCCAACUUAAGGUUAAUUUGUAAUUUUUAGCAAGAGCUGAGACAUCAAUGAGAGAUGUAGAGUUGUUAAUA